AUGGUAGUCGGGAAAAGCGACCCACUCACGAUGGUGCAGGAACUUCCGUACAACGUACCUGAAGAGCUUUACAAUCUUACCCAGUUGGCCGACGUGUCGAUAGCAGCGGGUAAGCUAAGCACAGACGCCAACCGUUACAGUCCAUCGACAUCGCACGAAACAUACUGCCUGAGCCAAGGCUCGACCAAGCUGUACAGUCCGAUCAAAUACAACAUCCUACGCCACUGUGACUCAUCCACAAAAAUGAUUACGGGCGCAACACCGCUACCUACCACUGGCUUUACGUCCUCCUCUUAUCACACGCUGAGACGCACCGAAACAGCACAUGCAAUCAUCUAUGAAGAGGUAGAUAAGGGCUACGGCACAAAGCAACACCCCUACCCUGCUGGAGAACCGAUGGAUUUGCAUACACUAUCGUCGUCCGAUGACACACUGAUGGUUGCUGUGCCGGCAAAAAAGAAAUGGACCAAAAAGUGGGAAAUAAUCCAUGGUCCGGUAAGCCCGAGCGGUCCGUUCGUUAGCCAGCUGCAGCAACAACCAGACGAACCCCUGUACGUUGUUCGAUCGUUGCAGGUAGACCAGCAUCCAGUCACACAUGUUUCACCGAUGGUACCGAGCGAAUCUGUGUCUGUUGGUGAUAGUGAUCGGUCAGGUCUUAUCUAUUACGCACCGACGAUAAAGCGUGUGGAGGAUGGAGAUGAUGGGAAUUAUCGGAAGAAAGGCGAUAGUGAGUUACAGCUGUACACUAUAAUAGGAUGUCCGGAGCUUCCAGAAUCCGGCAGUUGCUUCGGCAACGUCCAACAUCAAGCUACAACGGUUACACAUUGUUUCAGUGGUUCGUCAUCGUCGGAGGAAUCACAGGACUCGGCACUCGUAGAAGGUUAUUCUCAUAAGGUGUUUGAUCGAAAAAAAUCACGCAAGAUACGUACGGUAUCGUCUAGAAGUAGUGGCAGUACGGUGAGUGUUGCACAGAGUGUACUUGAAACUGACGGUACGUCUCAGGAACUGAUGAUCGUGCCAUUGGAGGACUCUUUCGAAUCGGUACCCCAGAGCAGCAGUGAAAUUGAAGAACCGCUUGAUGUUAUUAACGAUGUUCAUGAUCACGAUAUCAAGAGCAGUGAGGAGACAAACACCUCUCGUCCGGAGGAUGUUCACGUAUGUCCUGAGUGUAACAAACGCUACUCGACUUCAUCUAAUUUGGCGAGACAUCGUCAAACACAUCGCUCCCUGGAGGACCAGAAAGCACGACGAUGCCCUUACUGCUCCAAAGUGUACGUUUCGAUGCCGGCGUACUCUAUGCAUGUAAGAACACACGAUCAAGGCAGCAAGUGUCCUACCUGUGACAAGCGCUUUUCCCGGCCAUGGUUACUGCAGGGUCACAUUCGCACCCAUACGGGCGAGAAACCGUUCAAAUGUAACGUAUGCAACAAAGCAUUCGCCGACAAGUCUAAUUUGCGUGCGCACGUACAAACUCACUCUAACACCAAGCCUUAUCAAUGUGGACGGUGUGGUAAAGCGUUCGCCCUUAAAUCGUACCUCUGCAAGCACGAAGAUUCAUCCUGCCUGAAGAACGAUAAGCCACAGAAAGUACGGAAGCCCAGUGGCAGUAGUGGUCGCAUUCGACGUAAACCUUCCAGGGGUGAUCAUACGGAAGCGAUAGAAACAUCUGCAGCACCAGAGGAAAGAUCAAGUACCGCACCAGGAACUAGUAGUGUGAACUCUGGUGCAAUGGAGCAACAGAUACAAUCGUCUGAAAAUCGAUAUAAUUACCCCUCCAAUGUGCCGUUCAAGGAUGUGCUACGGGCUAAGAUCCGUGAGGUAGUUGAGGACAAUUGCAAACGUACGGCUCGACUUCGGGCGGCCACCAAUGCCACACAAACGCCUACUCCUGCUCGUGAGCACACGCCGCAGAGCAAUCGUAUUAGUGUGAUACGCAUUGCUGGCUCUCCGGGAGGAUACUCAUUGGAUGGGACAAAGACGCCUGCCAGCAGCAGUACCGAGUACCCAGAAAGCUAUGCCGUGAUCGCGUAG